UCCCCACUGCCCAUUUUUGCGUUGGAAGUUUGCAGAAUGCCACUGGCCCGCUCUCUGUGACCCCUCAGUAGGGUUUUACACUUCUCUAUCUCCAUUUCUCUCUCUUGGCUCCUCCCCCGCUCUCUCCCGGAGCACAGGUUUGUCUCCUUAGGGUUUAACUUUGUGGAUUUCAUGCACGCGAUUAGGGGUGGGUGGACAGGGCGUCCUCUUGCCCUAGCCAAACACAAUGAGUCUGAAGGGAGAAAGACUAGAAUUCGGCGUUCAAAAGAGGAAAGGAAGGCAAUGGUCGAAGUCUUCAUAAAAAAGUAUCAGGAAUCCAAUAAUGGAAGUUUCCCCUCUCUCAAUCUUACCCACAAGGAGGUUGGUGGAUCUUUCUACAUGGUGCGGGAGAUUGUACGUGAUAUAAUUCAAGAAAAUCGAGUGCUUGGCCCUGGAAAGUUGUUACUAGAAGAGCACAACUUUGAUCAUUCACUUGAAGAGAAUCCACUCCACUCAAUUGCCAUAGAACCUCAGUCCCAUUUACCGUUAUCAUCAGAAGAAUUUGAUUUUAGAGUUAAGUACAACCAAUGUAUAAAUGAAGAACCCAUCCUUGUCUCAGAUGAACAAUGCACUUCAACAAAUAUUCAGAUAUCACACAAUGGGCCGAUAAUCAAUGGUAGCCUGGUGGAUGUGAGUGACAAGGACUCUGACAAACUUAUCGAGUCAGAGUUGCUAGUGAAUGAAGACAAGGAAGUAGAGGAAGUGGUCAAAGAGGAAUCAGGAAUGCCAAUUACUCAUGUGACACCUUUGGCGGCAGAUGUGGUAGUAGAGACAUUUCCAUUGAGUCCAAUUUCUGGUGCUGCUAAUAGUUCAGGUGAAAGAUCCGAAACGUCGAUUUCAACUUGUGAUUCAGAAAAGCAAGUUAGUCAAACUGUCGAGUUAGAGUCAGGGGUUGGUUUGUUUAUCACUGAAGGUAGUAAUUUCACAAAAACUUCUGAUCAUGUAGUCGAGAAAGCAGAGGAAAACUUUGUAAGUUCAUUAUCAGUAGCAAAGUUUGAUUCGAUGGAAGUAGCACCAAUUGUUGAAAGCUCUAAUGGAUCCAUUCUCAAAGAAGGUGGCGUUCAUGAAGUUGAGGGUCCUCAGCUGGAAGUUCGUACUGAUACUCCAACAGCUGCGGCCUUUGAACAAUGCCAAAAAACUAGUGAGAAGGCUCCAAAUGCUUCUCCAAGUGGUACCCAGAAUCACAACAAGACAUUCAGCAAUGGCAUUGAUCAGGCCUCAAAAAUCAAAGAGGAGACACAGAUUGAAAAUAAAGUAGAUGCUCAACAGGACAGUGGCUCCCAGAAACAAACCAUUCCAACAUUAAAUAGAAUCAAUCUCGAAUCAUGGGAAGAGAUGUCCAAAAAUCCCUCAAACCCCGAAAGCAACCCGCUUCUGGAAAUCCUCAAGGCAUUCGUUUCCGCCUUCGUGAAGUUUUGGUCCGAGUAAGUAGCUCUAUGAUUGUCAAAUAGAUGAAUAGAGAGUAAUUAGAGAUUAGUUUUUUGCCUGCCUGUCUCUGUACCCCCACCCGGUUUACUCCGGUCCCAUCGUCGGUACUUCUGAAGAAACUGGGAUGUGGGUUGGCAUUUCUACCCUCAGUAGUUACAAGGUAAGCAAAAUCUUGUAGAAGGGAUAUGUUUAUUUUUUUGCUUUUUUACUGUAACCAUGAGAUGUGUCACCCCAUGAUUAUUUUCUUCCAGAUAUUACGGUUGAUUAUAUUCUUUUUCCAUUACCACAUGAUAAAAAAGAGAGAGUAACGUGAGAAGGAGCCUUUUGUGUGUUAUAAGAAGGAACGACAGGGAAACAGGAGAGAAAGGGAUAUACAGAUUGGAGUUUUAAUAGCCAUUUUCUUUCUCCUUUUUGCUCUGACCCACCCGA